CAAGUGGUGCGAUUCCGCCACCAAUCGUGGGCACCACCUCACACACACAAGUCACUAAACAACGGUCGCCAUCUGUUGGUAGUGAUGCGCAGGCGCAUACAUCUCCUCGAAAUGCCAUUUCCGAAUCGCUUUCACCAUCUUCUAUUGGUCACGUCGAAGUCCAGCAGCAAUGA